UACCGAUCCCUUGUACUUUACAUUUGUCGAAACAUGGCUUUCCAGUGUCAGAGGGACAGUUAUUUGCAGGAGUUGGACACAUGUGUAGUGUCUUGCGUGCCUGCAGAAUUAACCCUAGAGAAUAAUGGAAAGAAAGAAAAGCUGAAGGGCUUUAAUCUGAAACUGAAAGACACCAUUCUGUUUCCAGAGGGCGGAGGACAGCCUGAUGAUCAUGGGACGGUUGGAGGUGUCAAUGUCCUGCGUGUGUUGAGACAGGGUCCAGAGGCGGUGCAUUUCAUCAGCUCUGCACUGGAGGAGGGUCAGGAGGUGCACAUCAAACUGGACUGGGAACGGCGCUUUGACCACAUGCAGCAGCAUUCGAGUCAACACUUGAUCACAGCUUUAGCUGAUACAAUGUUUGGAUACAAAACUACCUCUUGGGAUUUAGGACGUCAGCGUAGCAGCAUAGAGCUGGACACAGCCACGGUGAAGCCUGGAGAGAUGGAGGCUUUGGAGGCGGCUGUGAAUGAGAAGAUUCGUGCACACAUUCCAGUUGCUGUCAAUCUCCUGUCCAUUGAUGAUCCUGCUGUGGAGAAGGUGAGAAGCCGUGGUCUUCCUGAUGACCAUGCCGGCCCCAUCAGGAUCGUUGACAUUGAGGGUGUAGAUGCUAACAUGUGCUGCGGGACUCAUGUGUCCAACCUCAGUCACCUUCAGGUUAUAAAGAUUUUGGGGACCGAAAAAGGGAAGAAGAAUAAAACCAACCUGAUUUUCCUAGCUGGCAACAGAGUGCUGAAAUAUGCUGAAAAGAGUUACAACAUUGAAAAAUCACUGACCGCCCUUCUCAAGACAGGGGCAGAUGAGCAUGUUGAUGCCGUGGACAAGCUACAGAAGACGGUCAAACGUCUUCAGAAGAGUAAUCUAAUUAUCCUGAGGGAAAUGGCUGUUCUGAUAGCGCAGAACUUCAAAAACAAACCAGACAGAGGAAACUUCUUCAGCUUUCACAAUAAAGACGGUGAUAAUGAGUUCAUGAACAUCAUCGCAAAUGAAAUUGGAUUUCAGGACACAGUGAUCUUUCUGACCGUGGGUGAGGAGAAGGGUGCAGGACUUUUCCUGCUCGCAGGGCCUGAGAAUAUCGUCACCGAAGUGGGACCUCGGGUGUCAGAGCUGCUGCAGGGUAAAGGAGCAGGAAAGACUGGACGUUACCAGGGUAAAGCCAAUAGUUUGGUGAAGAGAGCAGAAGCUGAGGCUUUACUGAAGGAGCACAGCUGCAAACUCACCACAGGAGAGGAAUAAAACGACCGCAGACAUACACUGACAUUCAGGUGCUGUCAUGAUGGUCCAGACUCUGUCUACACCAAACACAUGCAUCAUGUUGCGACACGUCAAAACUAGAUUAUUUUGUUGCAAUCAAUGAAACAGUCCAAACAGUCUACGUCGCAACACAUCAUGAUGCACCUUCAGUUGAUAGAGGCUCCAUUUCUGUUUUUGAAGAACUACA